AUGCCUGAAAACAAUUGCAGUAUAGGAAGCGUCGUGAUUUCUUUAACACGCGUAACCGCAAGAAGCUGUAAUCCUCAGGGACUCAUAAUUGAUCAGUGUGUCCAAAGACCAGAGAGGAAUGUGACUGAGUUUGCCACCUUCAUCCACUGUGGUCGCUCGUCUGCUAAUGCUCGCAUUGGAGGAUUGCUCACGGAUAUGCUUCUGGUGAUGGGCAACCCGGGGCGCUUGCGGGAGCUAUCAGCGCUGAUUGCUUCCGCCGCCAUCUUGCUGUUACUCUCUGCGUUGCCGAUUUGUCGGCCCUACACCUACGAGCAAGAUGUGUUUGCGAUAAAUGGCUUGUACACGGCACUUGAAGCACCACAGCUGCCUAAUUGGACUUCAAAUGGUGGUGACCCCUGCAAUGAGAGCUGGCAGGGUGUUUCAUGUGUGGCGUCAAAUAUCACCUCCAUAGUACUCAGCGGUGCAAAUUUGGGUGGACAGCUGGGCAACACUUUGGGGAAUUUCACAUCAUUAAUCACCUUGGAUCUCAGCAACAAUAAUAUUGGCGGGACCAUACCAGAUGGUCUACCACUCACAAUGCAGAGAUUUUUCCUUUCAGCUAACCAGCUAAGUGGUAGCCUUCCAAGUACAUUGUCGUCCCUUACACUUUUGACAAGCAUGUCACUCAAUAGCAAUCAUUUGACUGGAGUGAUACCAGAUGUAUUUUCAGCACUCACUGGACUUGCAAAUUUAGAUUUUUCUGACAACAACUUGACCGGUCCGUUGCCGCCUUCAAUGGGAAAUUUGACAGCAUUGACUAGCCUACAUAUUCAGAACAAUCAAAUAUCCGGAACCCUUAAUGUGUUGCAAGAUCUCCCUUUCCAAGAUUUGAACAUUGAAAAUAAUCUUUUCUCUGGUCCCGUGCCUGUGAAAUUACUGAACUUGCCAAACUUCAAGAAGGAUGGGAACCCAUUCAAUACCAGCAUAGCUCCAUCUGCGCAGCCUCCCUUGGCGCCAACACCAUUACCAUCAGUCCCACCUUCAACAGGGCAUGUCCCCUCAAAAGAACCUGCACAUUCUUCUAGUGUUCCAGGUGGAAGCACUUCAGGAUCAGGAAAACAUACUACACUCAAAUUAGUUGGAUAUAUUCUUAUUGGGGUGGUAUUAGCAGUAGUUCUUGUGCUAAUUGCAAUGUACUGUUUAUCCAAGUACAAAGAAAAAAAGUCGAGAUGUGAUAUUUAUAUGAAAAACAAGAUAGGAAGGGUACCUCAGAAGCUUGGAGAGCCUAAAAUCAAGGAAGUGGUAGAAAUGAAGGAGUCGCCAUUAAAACUCAAAAAUAAUGCUGAGAAAGCUUCGAAUGUUGUUUCUGAUGGAAGAGAGGAUCUGAAGUUAAAAAUGCCAACGUCAGAAACUUCAAAUGUGGUUUAUGAUCCAAGUCGAAGGGAUGGGCAGAACUUAAAUUCGUCGAUGGCAGCUGUACCUGGGGUUGUUACAAUGAAUAAAAAAGAGCAUGUGAUUGAUAUGGAAAAGGCUGAUAAUUUUGUUGAGGACCAACUGCAUCCCCCGCAGCCGAUUGCACCGUGGACUGAAAAAGUCAUUGUCAAACCAAGUGUUCGUACAAGAAAGGGAAGAGUACCUUCAGUUGAAAAGGUGGAAUCGACGACUACUGUCAAGUCCUUCUCCAUUGCAUCCCUCCAACAAUAUACCAAUAGUUUCAGUGAGGAAAAUAUCAUAAGAGACAGCAGGUUUGGUAAGGUAUAUCUGGCAAAGCUUCCUGAUGGAGAGCUACUGGAAAUUUUGAAGAUCGACACUUCUAACUCAAAAGUGCCAGUAGAUGCCUUUCUUGAGCUAGUUGUGAGGAUUUCUGAACUGAGGCAUCCUAACAUACUUGGUCUUGUUGGAUACUGUGCGGAGUUUGAGCAGCGAUUACUUGUCUAUGAGUACUGUAGCAAGAUGACCCUACAUGAUGAACUUCGUCAUGUAGAUGACUCAAGCAAGCCAUUAUCAUGGAAUGCGCGCCUCCAAGUUGCUGCGGAGGCAGCAAAAGCAUUACAACAUCUUCAUGACAGUUGCCAACCACCAGUUGUACAUCAAAAUUUUGAACCAUCUGUUGUUCUUCUCAACAGCACCUUAGUUGUGCAUAUUUCUGAAUGUGGCCUUGCAUCAUUAGCAUCAAAAUCAGUUUCUCAGUUGUCCGGACGCACCUUAUUCCAUUAUGAAGCACCUGAAGUGCAUGAAUCUGGAUCAGUAAGUGAUCGAAGUGAUGUUUACAGCUUCGGUGUAGUUAUGUUGGAGCUUCUAACAGGGCGUAAACCUUAUGACAGUUCACGUCCACGAGCUGAACAACAUCUAGUGCGAUGGGCCACUUCUCGACUCUAUGAUAUUGAUGCCUUAGCGAAGAUGGUUGAUCCCUCCAUUCGAGGACAAUGUUCUGAAAAGGCAUUAUCCCGUUUCGCUGACAUUAUUAGCCGCUGCAUUCAGCAUGAACCGGAAUUCAGGCCACCAAUGUCUGAAGUUGUCCAAGACUUAACUCAGCAUGGUAAGUAG